AUGAAAGAACUUCUGAUUAUCGUGAUCAGCUAUACAAUAGUUUCACAUGUUUGUUGCUGUGACUUCGAGUAUCCCACCUUCCCCGAUGGAUUUAAGUUCGGAGCUGCUAUUUCGUCGUAUCAAAGUGAAGGGGCUUGGAAUGUCAGCGAUAAAGGAGUUAACGAUUUUGAUCACUGGACGCAUACUUGUCCGGAAUGCAUAGGCGAUCGCAGUAAUGGCGACAUCGCUUGUGACUCCUAUCACAAGUACAAAGAGGAUGUUAAAUUGUUGAGGAAAAUUGGAUUCAAGUUUUAUCGCUUCUCGAUUAGCUGGGCACGAAUUCUUCCAUCUGGACUUGCUAACAAUGUUAGCAAAGAUGGUAUCAUGUACUACAAAAAUUUUAUCAAUGAACUGUAUAUGAACGGUAUUGAGCCUCUGGUUACCUUGUACCAUUUCGACCAUCCACAAGGGUUGGAAGACAUGGGCGGCUGGACCAAUGAACUAAUGACCCAGUGGUUCGUCGACUAUGCCAAUAUCAUUUUCACGGAAUUUGGUCCCAGCGUUAGAAUAUUCAUAACUAUCAACGAGCCAUCGACCCUGUGUACAGGAUACCAAGCCACAUACGUGGCUCCCAGUAAACCUUUAGGGGAUGUUGGAUACUACUUGUGCAUGCACAAUGUUUUGAAGGCUCAUGCAAUGGCCUAUCAUUUGUACGAUAAAAAAUUUCGACCGUCUCAGCACGGGCUAAUUAGCAUUGCAAUUGCCUGUGACGGAUACACAUUAAAUGAGAAUAAUGACGUUGUUUCUGCUGAAACGUAUUUUGAAUUCACCUGUGGUAUCAUGGCACAUCCAAUUUUCAUCGGUGAUUACCCGGCAAUAGUUAAGGAGAGACUAGCCCUGGUUAGCAAGUCGCAGGGUUACACAGUAUCUCGUCUUCCUACAUUUUCUCCAGAGUGGAUAUCGUAUAUAAAAGGAACAGUUGAUUACUUCGCGCUUAAUCACUAUACAUCCAAUUUGGUGUCGCCUGAUCCAGAUGAACUCCAUGGAAUACACAACAGCGACUCUGGCUUAUUAACUAACCAACAUCCCAGCUGGCCCAAUUCAAGUUCCUUUUGGUUACGAGUUUAUCCCGACGGUUUCGGAAAUUUACUACGAAAGAUUAAAACUGAUUACAAUAAUCCGGAAAUAUAUGUUACUGAGAACGGAUUUUCUGACUACGGUGAACUUCAGGAUUACGAUCGAAUAAACUACUUUCGUUUAUACUUGAAGGAACUGAUUAUAGCUGUGACACGGGAUGGUUGUCGCAUUUCAAGGUACACAGUUUGGAGUCUUCUUGACAAUUGGCAACUUGCUGCUGGUUAUGCGGUGUCAUUUGGAGUGGUAAAGGUUGAUUUUAAUAGUCCCAAUAGAGAAAGGACAUUGAAACUCUCAGCAGCUUGGUGGGCAGAUGUUAUCGGGACGCACACGCUUCAAGAUGUACCAAGUAAAUAG